UAUUUGUUUGUACCCUAUGUUUCAGACCCAGCAUUAUGGAAGCUGGCCAAACACCAUCGCACAGUAUCAUGUCCAAACACUCCACUAUCUCGUCACUCCAGUAUAGAAGAACAAUCUGAAAUAUCCACAGCUCGUCAUAAAGAUCAUCAAACCCACAGAAGAUCGUGGUCUACCAGUUCAAUAAAAAAUAUCUCUAGUGGUGAGUAUCCAUCCGUUAGAAAACAACUGUGUCAGUUGAUUAACACUGGUUUACAUUGGCAAGUUUCUGAUUAGACAGCUUUAUUGGGAACUGAUUACUUCACAAUACACACACACAAAUAAAUUUGUAAGGAUUUGUAAGAAAUGUUUGAUGCAGGCUUUUAGCCAGAAGGCCGUCCAGGCGUCCUGGGACGCCCCUAGAACGAAAAAUGGACGCCUUUGGACGUCCAAAUUCUGGGGGAAAAGGGAAAUUAUUUUAAAUUAUUUCCGUAAGUAUAUUAAUAUAUCUGAAACGAAAUAGCUUCAAUUCUCAUUAUUAUUAUACAUUUGACAUUUUGAUCAAUUUGAUGGUGUACCAGGAUGAAUGAAAAUGUCAUAAUUAAGUAAAGAAGCAUAGCGGCACAAACUUACAACGCCAAGUGUGUUUGAAAAAUUUCGAACGAGCUUGGAACAGAUACUGACAUGAAGUGACGUAAACUUCAAAAGUUUUCAGAGGAACGUUUUCUCGAACCCUUUACUGUGGAUGUAUUGUUAUACCAAAAUUGGACGCCCUCUUUUAGGACCCUGGCUAAAAGCCUGGUUUGAGGGAACCGUUUCAAUGUUAAAUACUGAGUCAUUUCCCUCAAACAUUUCUUACAAGUCCUUCAAAACGUAGAAUUUGCCGAUGCAAAAUUCCUACUGUGAUCACAGAAACUUUGAUAGGGUAAACCAGGCUUCAGUUAAUAGUCACAUUUUUUAAACAAAUUUGUUCAACUUUUUAAUAGGAAUAUCAAGAGUUUCCUGUAAUGUUAUAAAAAAUUUAUACUACUGGUUGUCGUCAUUGGAAUGGCUAUUUAAAAGGUCAGUUUUCUAAGACUUCGUGUUUAUAAGUUGUACUCCAUAUGGUGCAGUUGUACACGGAUUAUAGUGAUGUCCAGGAAUUCUUGGUAAUAGUCCACCUAACAUAAUCUUGUUAAUUCAACCACAGCGGCCCAAAUCUCGCAAGGGUCAGUAUAGUAAUGUAUAUUAUAGUAAAAAAUGUGAUAAAAUAUAAAUUUUAAAAUGAUAUUGACUUCAGCCUAUUUGAUAGUGUGUGUUCUCCUUUUAUUCCUCUUUUGUUGGACUAAUAUUUUCCGAGACUUGGUACUCGAUGAUACUAAUAUACAUACUAUCGAGUGCAAAUCUCGGAAAAUAUUAGUCCAACAAAAGAAGAAUGAAAGGAGAACACACACUAUCGAAUAGGCAAGUCAAUUUCAAGUGCAUUAAUCAUGUUAUUUUUUUUUCCUUCAGAAAUAAAUUCAGUACGGAAAACUUUUUAUUGAUAUCUUCAUUUUUGUAAGUUAUCAACAAUUUAUUAAUUCAAUCAACUGGUAUGCAAAACCGGUCAAACAGAUUUAAAUAUUUUGCAAUUAUGGUUAAUUAAUGUUGGAAGAAACCAAAGUUUUCGAAAUCUCUGAAUUUUGAUUUUAUUUACUUUUAGUGUAAUUUUAUUAUUGAUAUCAACGUACGUUUUAAUGGAUCGGAUUGCGAAGUUGGAAGAUCGUUUUCACCGAACUCUACCUGGUUCUGACCAAAAUUUAAUGUACGUUUUUCUGAAUUACAAGUUGUUGUUAUGCCUCCUAAGUUAUUGUAUUCAAAUUGAAUUCUCAAAAAGUGCCAGCAGGGUAUCAAAAGUACAGUUCGCUUCUCAAACAAAGUGAUUUGUGCCUGAACUACCUUGAAAAGCAAACAUCUCUCUAACUCCUGAAGAAGAUACAAACCGCGGCAGCUUUUCGUAGAUUACUACCUACACUGGACCACCACGUUUGAAAUAUUUUUUUCAGGUAGUUCAAACGCAAACCACGACAGCUUGUUGUAGAGUACCAACUACACUGGGCCAACACGUUUCUGAUAAAAUAUUAGUGUGAAUACAUUUUUCAUUUUCUAUCAACAGAACUGACAAACAAUCCGAGGGAUUAAGAUUCGAUGAGACAAGAUUUCACCAAAAAACUCAAAGGUAAUGUAUUUAAUAUUUAAUUCUAAUAUACAAGAGUUUAUUUUAGAAGUGCCAGGGAUGUGGGGAAAAUGUAUAGAAAUGGUUAAAAGGAAUAAAAUUGUAUAUAUUGGAAAUAUUAAAAAGUAGAUAUAAAAAUACAUAAAUUAUCUAAAAUAACAACGAGUUGUUUCAUAUCUUUUAGAUUUAACCAAGCAUUAAAAGAUUUAAUUUUAUCAGUUGAAAAUGUUAGUAUCUCGUUUUUUUCUUGAUAUUUUACAAUAAUGCUUAGAAUAUGAGCCACAUCGCUUUAAAAUUAUCAUAUGCUUUUCAUUUAAUUAAUCAAUUAGUAAUUAACCUUCAUUAAUUAACCCACAGGUUCAAUCAAAACUAAAACUGAUUAAAGAUGAGUUGGGAGAACCAACGGACGUUCGUUAA